UUUAAACCCGUAUCGAACCCGAUCCAUCCAUUUGCUAGGCCUAAAGGGAGUGUUCCUCAGCUUAGGGUUUCUUAACUUCCCGUCUCGACCAUUGAGUUUGAUCUGCAUUUGUAGAGAAGGAAGGAGAAAGAAAGAUGGGUCAUUCGAACGUGUGGAACUCACAUCCUAAGAACUACGGCCCUGGAUCACGCACCUGCCGCGUAUGUGGAAACCCGCAUGGGUUGAUCAGGAAGUAUGGGCUAAUGUGUUGCAGGCAGUGCUUCCGCAGCAAUGCUAAGGAAAUCGGUUUCAUUAAGUAUCGUUGAGAACAGGCCUUACUGCCAAGCUUCCUAAGCAUAGGAUGGAAGCCAAAUGGAGAAUUUGUCCUUUUUGUCUAGUUUAUUUCAGUUUCCAAAUUUUGCUUUAAAUUGUCAGUAGAAACUAUUUCUUGUUCAGCAUUAAAAAUCCAAACUAGUAAACUGUUUACAAUUCUAUUUCCAUUUGAGUAACUCUUGUAAAUUCUAAUAUUUUGUUGUGUGAGAGAUCUUGCAAAUUAAUUGACCAGCAAAGCUGGAUUACAUUCUCACUUGAA